AAAACGACAAAAAAAAAAACAAAAGAAAAGAAAAGAAAAGAAAAGCUGUGAGUCGUGAAGCAGCUCCACUGCAUUCCACCCAUCUGGAUUCCGCCAUGGCAACGGCGCCUUCGUCUCCACCCGUUGCUCAUUAGUUUGGUUGAUAGGUGGUGCUACUCCAUUCACGUAAACACAAAAGCAGUGAUAAUGAUUAUAGCCUUUUAUUGGAACCCGAAUCUGAUCUUAAUCCAAAUCCAAAUAUAAUAGUAAAUCCGAACCCGAUAGUAAAAACCUCUUUUUAUAAAAGUAUAAAAGCCCUCUCACACCCUAGAAGCCGGUAAUCGUUUGUUUACCUUCGCACCUUUGUGUAUUUCAUUCCACCAGCAGCGGAUCUUCGCGUCCAAGGCAUUCCGAUCCGGCGAGAGGUCACAGAAGGUAUUCGUUCUCUCGCAUGCGAGAUCUUCACAUCGUUGUGUUGAUUUGAUUUUGUAUUGAUCUUUUAAUUUUGCGUUUAGAUGAUCGCGAUCGAGAUUGAGCUUUCCAGUUCUUGGAUCUAUUCGUUUUCACGUAGUACGAUCGAGUGGUUUCGUGAUUCAUUAUACGUUUUCUUUUUCGUCUGUGGCACGAUUUUGGGGGUUUCAUCGGCGAUGGCGAUGGGUUUCCUCGAAUCUGAUCUACUCAGGGUUUUUCUCCGAAUCAACGUAGAGAAAUCUGAUCUCUGUCCGACCGAUUGGCUUCACUGUCCAUCGGAUUUAGGGUUUUGUCAUAUUUGGAGUUGAUCGUCUACGAUGAAUUAUUGAUGAAGCGUGGAUCAGUCGAUGGAAACUUCUGUUUCCCCCCCUAGAUCGUAACGAGGCUUUUCUAUUCUUCCUCUAUGUCAUGCGAGAGACCACCAGCGAAGACAAGGUUAUUUGUCUGUCUCAGGGGCAAUAUGGCGACGACCACCGUGAAGAACAGCUCCAGCCGGCUGAGCGACGAGGCCAUGCGCCGUAUCCACCAAAAUUGGAUGAGGAGGUAUGAUCGCAAGUAUGCCGACGAGGAUGAAGAGGAGAAACGCUUCAAAAUUUUCAAAGCGACAUUUGAGGAGAUUGAGGAAUACAACACAGGGGAGGAGACUUGCCUGGUCUUACUAAGCCGCUAUUCAGAUCUCACUGAUGAGGAGUUCUUCGCCUUGUCUCCAAAUUUAGAGGACGAUCCGCCGGAAGAGAUGCAGGAUGAUAUCACUAUACGUGAGCUUAGGCGGGAGGAGCACUGUGAUGCCUGUUGCAGGUAUCUGUGUUGCAAGUAGUAGAUGGAUCUCUAGAGAAAAAUGGUGCCUCUAGAGAAAAGGGGGCAGUGUUAUAUUCCUAGUGGGUAGUUUGGUAUUGUCUGGAAAGUUUAGAGAACUACUUGUUAUGCUACUUCUUUGUAUCUUUACUUUCUCCGUUUUUAGGAAGGGUCUCUGUUGGGUCUCUUUUAUUUUUUUUUUCUUCAAUAGUAAAGGAACUUCUAUUCAGCGUCCUGUCUUGUUAAUUUAGUUUCCAUGGACUAAUAGUGUCAUUGUUCUUGUGCUUAAGCACUGCCUAAACAUAUUACCUAUCAAUGGUAUAACUGGUUUUGUAGUUAUAUA